AUGAUCAGAGAUCCUCAUAAGUUCUAUGAGGAAACACUUGCCAAACGACCAACAAAAGGACCGGUGACUAUGCGUCUAGGUCCUAUUUCCAUGUACCUCGUGAUGGGCGCCUCGAACAUUCAAGCGAUUUUUCGACAGUCUAGCAGUCUUUCGUUCGAGUUUAUGCAGUUGCGUAUCGCACACAAGGUCAAAGGUCUUCCAGCCAGCGAUGCCGCCCUUCUGGGGAUGGACGACUCAGGGGCUGGUACUCUCAACCAGUCUGAGACCGGCGUUGUAGGGAAAGGACGCAUUUGGCACAUACUUCAUGGGAUAUACCUCAAGAACCUUACGGAAAAGUCAGCCGUAGACUUUCUGACGGCCAAAUUUGUCUUCGAGUUUUCCGAACAGCUCAAGACUUGUCCAGAAGGCGCAUCAGCCCCAGCGAUUGUCGGUUUAUACGACUUCCUACAGACGUACCAAUUCGCUGCAUCAACCAUUACUUUAGUCGGUCCGCGAAUUCUCCAAAAGGGCUCGUUGGAAGCCAAGACAUUCUGGGACUACGAUGCUGCCUUCAUGACACUUAUGCAGGGGCUGCCAAAGCUAGUGUGUCGCAAAGGCUGGGCAGCGCGCGACCGCACUCUUGAAGCCACCAAAGACUGGCUGGCGGCAGCAACUGCUGGUUGUCCUCCAGACAGCGAUGCUGAUUGGGAAGAGAACUUUGGUCACAGGCUUGUGCGUGAGCGAAACGCUGCACUUGUUGAUUACGGUAUCAGCUUCGAAGGACGUGCAGCAAUGCAUAUGGGCCUCAUUUGGGCCAUCAAUGCUAACGCCGUUCCCAUGACCGCAUACAUGUUAUUCGAGAUGGUCCGAGACCCGCAACUCCUCUCAAGAAUCCGCGCCGAGGUGAAGACUGCCAUGGUCGUCGGUACGAAUAUGACAUCAGUACUCGAUAUCGAUAUCACAAAGCUAGCGGUUCUGCCUUUGCUGAACUCCGUAUACAACGAAUGCCUGCGUCUGCGCUCGAGCAUCCCCAUCUCGCGGCGUCUGCGGCAAGACAUCGAGAUUGACGGAUAUACGCUCAAGAAGGACAACUUCAUCCUGGCACCCAGUUGGCUAUCACACAUCGACGAGGCAGUAUGGGCGUUCCCAGGCCACCCGGCACGCGACUUUUGGGCCGAGCGUUUCUUGCAGCCAGAAAUGCGCAAAGUCAAGCUGGGUGACUACUGUCCGUAUGGUGGUGGGAGCGUCAUCUGCCCUGGGAGAUUCUUCGCCAAGCAUGAGAUUCUUGCGGCGGUUGCGAUGAUGGUCACCACUUUCGACAUGGAGUUUGUGCGCUGGUCGCGUUUAGAUGGUUCACCAGCGAGCAGAGGUCCGGGCAUGGAGGGGGCGGAGUGUCGAGGUGUCGUAAGUCUUGAUAGAGAUGCUACGGUGAAGAUCCAGAAGCGGAAGCUGGUAUAA